AUGGGCGUGCUGCUGUGGCUGCUGCUAGUGUUCGUGGCUUUCGUCGCGACGCUCGCGAGCAGCGCCAAGCUCCGCAAGAACGCCUUCGUCUGGUUCUCCUACGUGACGAUCACGGGCUGGUACUACUGCCGCGUGCUGCACAAGGAGUACUGCGGCGACAGUAACAAGGACGAGACGUCGGCCCCGAGUAGCAGCAAAAGCAGCAGCACGAGCCACUCGCCGUCGUCGAAGCGAGCUCCAAGGAGUAUGCAGGAGCCCGAAGACGUGGUCUACUUUGAGAAGCGCGAGGUGGUCGAGCGGCGCCAGCUCGAGCAGCUCGAGCGCAGCGGGUCGAGCUCGAGCGUUGGCUCGGACAGCAUGUGUGGGACCCGUCCACUCAAGCAUAAGCGAGGGCGAUUGUUCCGCAGCCGAAGGAAGGCGGCGGCAGAGGAGGCCCUGCGACGUGUGGGCGACACGAACGCUGCCGACGCGCUUAUGAAUUCGGGCGCGUCCGACUCGAGCGCGUCGUUGACGCAGAGUGGCACGCGAAGGACGUUCACGGGGCGAAAGAAGCCCAUGUCGUGGGCCGAUUGA